UGACGUGGCACCGUCAGCGAAGCAGCUCGAGCUCGUCAGUCUCCGCCUUUAUCUGCUCAUGAAUCGCCCCUGCGCGGCAUAAACUCUCUUUUAUGGGUUAUUUUCUAUAAUAAUAAACCACAUCAGACAUGUUUACGUUCUCGGAGCUCGUCGUGCUGCUCUGCGCGUUGUCGUACACCGCGUCCGGUUAUUUUGUGAGCAUCGAUGCGCACGCGGAUGAGUGUUUCUAUGAGCGCGUGAACUCGGGCACUAAGAUGGGCCUGAUGUUUGAGGUCGCGGAGGGAGGCUUCCUGGAUAUCGACGUGGAGAUAACAGGACCAGAUGGAAAGCAGAUUUAUAAAGGAGAUCGGGAGUCCAGUGGAAAGUACUCUGUGGCCGCCCAUAUGGACGGAACCUACAAGUUCUGCUUCAGCAACAAGAUGUCCACGAUGACACCUAAAAUUGUGAUGUUCACCAUCGAUAUCGGCGAGGCACCCAAAGGACAAGACAUGGAAACAGAGGCUCAUCAGAAUAAGUUGGAGGAGAUGAUCAACGAGCUGGCAGUCGCCAUGACGGCGGUCAAACAUGAGCAGGAAUAUAUGGAGGUCCGAGAGAGAAUACACCGCGCAAUCAAUGACAAUACAAACAGCCGAGUUGUGCUUUGGUCCUUCUUUGAAGCUCUGGUGCUGGUGGCCAUGACCCUUGGACAGAUUUACUACCUGAAGAGAUUCUUUGAAGUACGGCGAGUCGUUUAAAUCCACUAUGUCACCACAUCUGUGACCUACUAGUUUUACGAACUGGAUGUCCAAUUCAGCAGAGAUCGGAAGAACCUGGUCGUUCGCUAGUCCAUCAGUCUGUAUGUUUUUGUUUUGUUUGCCCCAUUUGUAGAUCUCUUCAGUGUUUGUUUUGGUUAAAGGUGCAAUUUCAGUUAGAUUUUGUUUUAGCCCAGCUUGUGUAAAUUAGUUUUUUACGAGAGCACACUAGUACAAGUAUGAAGUAGAGAUGAUGGUUGUGGAUUGCAACAUGUUUGAGGAUUAUAUUUACUGCAUGAUUUAAACAUGACAUGAGUAAUGUUAUGUGCGAAUGAUAAGUCAGCAGUCACUGAUGUAAAGCGAAAUGUCAAGGCGAGCACAUUUUUAUGACAUAUUCUCACUGUUCAUCAUUUAUACAGUUUGUUACCCCAAAACCCUUCAUGGCACAUACUUGUACCCAAUGCUGAAGGUGGUGAAAUGACGGCUUUGCUACUUUUGCUGAUUUUUCUGGUGUGUUUUUAAAUGUUCUGGUGGGAUAGUUCUGGCCCGAUUGAUCUUUAUCUUCAGUUUCUUCACACAGGGAAUACUUUAUGUAGUUUUGUACAAUUUGUUUCUUUUUUUUCUAAAUCAACUCUUUAAAAAGAUCAAGAAAAUGCAAACUUGUUUGACUAAGACUACUGGGAAACUGAGGAUAAAACUGUACAUUUCUGAAGUUCAAAGAAUAUGUGUCAAAUAAGGAUUUGGUUUAAUAAACAUGAAACAUGUUCUUAA